AUGCCCGCGGUCGAGGCCUGCGUGCGCUGCAGCGCCACCGUGGGGACCUCUGGGCGCAGCGACCACACACUAGUGAACCCCAACAAGUACUCUAGACGCCAUUUCCGGGCGGCGUACCCGCGUGGACGGGCCCCCCCACGGCCACGCCAGGAGGUGCCCACCACCAGCAAGUUUGGCAAUGGCAGUGGCCUGCACAUCCCGGUGCUCCAGGACGAGGAGGUGGGGCCCCAGACCCAGGUGUGGACCACAUUUGUGGCAGAGACCCUGCUCCCGACCAAGCGGGGCAAGUUCAAGCUGCGUGGCUACCGACACACAACCGACGGCGGCCAGACCUUCACGGAGCCGUGCGUCAUCUACUGCGGCGACCUCGCCGGCCGGCCGGAUCUCCCCCUGCGAGUGCACGACGCCUGCUUCACCAGUGAGGUGCUGGGCAGCCUGAAGUGCGACUGCCGGGAGCAGCUGGUGCUGGCCAUGGACCACAUCCGGCGCCACCCCCCCGGCGCGGUCAUCUACCUGCAGCAGGAGGGGCGCGGCAUCGGCCUGGCCAACAAGAUCGCGGCCUACGCGCUGCAGGAGCGGGGCCUGGACACCGUGGACGCCAACCGCGCGCUAGGCCUGCCGGACGACUGCCGCGAGUACAGCGCGGUGGCCCACAUCCUGGCCGACCUGGGCGUGCCCAGCGUGCGGCUGAUGACCAACAACCCACGCAAGAUGGCCGAGGUCGCGGCGCUGGGCGUGGCGGUCACGGGCCGCAUUCCCUGCGUGGUCCCCGCCCAGCCCCACUCCCGCGGCUACCUGGACGCCAAGCAGGCGCGCAUGGACCACAUCCUGGACCGCCGUGGCGAGGGGGGGGCGGCGGGGGAUGAUGGUGACGGGGCCUCCGAAAGCCAGCUGGACGGCUCCUUCUGCUACUGGAACCACGAGGGCGAGCCGGGGCCCACCGGCAUCGGCCUGAAGCCGGCGGCAGCGGCGCGGCCGGGGCCGGAGGAGGGCCCGGCGAGGGAGUGA